AUGGCGCCAACGUUCCCGCAUCUCACCAUUGACUCUCCCGCCUCAGCCCCAGGCGUGCACGUGCUCACGAUGCAAAAGCCACCGGAGAACCGCCUGAACGUGGCCUUCGCGCAGACCGUCAUCAGCGCCCUCCGCUACAUCGAGCGCGACCUGAUGAAACCCGACGCGCCGGGCGCCGUGAUCAUUUCCUCCUUCUCCGACAAGUUCUGGUGCACGGGCCUCGAGCUGGAUGAGUCGGACUCCAACAUCUACGCCAACGCGGACGGGUUCUACCCCUUGCUGGCCACGCUGGUCGACUACCCGUACCCGACCAUCGCGCUGAUCACGGGCCACACCUUUGGCGGGGCCUGCCCGUUCGCCCUGUCGUGCGACUACCGGAUCAUGAACAGCAAGCGCGGCUUCAUCAGCAUGCCGCCCGUGAACUUGGGAUUGCACUUUGACGGGAUCGGCGCCCUGCCGCGCCUGAAGCUGGGCCCGCGGAUCGCGAGGAAGAUGCUCCUCGAGGCGCAUAGGUGGACAGGAACGGAAGCGUUGAAGGACGGCAUCGUGGAUGAGGUGUGUGAGCCCGACACGAUGAGGGAGCGGGCCGUGGAGUUCGCCAAGACGAUCGCGCCGCGGGCGACGAUGGGUGUUUAUGGGUUGUUGAGAUCCGAACUGUGGGGUGAGGCGCUUGACAAGUUCAAGGCAAUCAGUUACGUGCACAGGAAGAGGGUUGGGACGGCAGCCAAGGCGAAGAUUUAG